CCUCACGUGCUUCUGGUGGGAAAAAGACAGUUCUGCACCUUCUUUUGAGUAUCGCAUCCACAGAUCAAACGCAACCUGGCUCGGAGACAAAUUUUUGUGAUGUCCCAAUUCGAAGAAACCAAAAACACAGCUUUCGCAGUCGAUUCUCUCAGCAGAACUGAAGCUUCACCUCUGAACUCUCUCUCUGAUCAUUUCUCUCUCUCUCUAUCUAUCUAUGGUGAUCGCAGCAGCUGCAUCAAUCUUCCUUGUGAUUUGCCGUUUUUGGCUGAAAAUUCUUAAUGCUGUUCAGUUCGGUUGCUGAGAAAACAGAAGAAAAGAAAAGGAAGGGAUUGGUUCGUCAACAGCAUAUGGAAUCACUAGCAGUUGGAUCAAACCUCCUCUCGAUGGUCAAAGAGUUUCUGACCUCUCAGCCAUAAGUUUUAGAUGCAGGAGUCCACUUUUUGGAGUUAAGCAUAGGUUGCCUGUGGGACAUGACAUUUGCCUUUCAAAAGUUUCAGUUGCUGCAGAUUAUUCAGAUUCAGUUCCUGAUUCGUCUAAUCAUAUGGGUAACCAUGGCUAUCAUCCCCUUGAAGAACUGAAAGAUCGCAAAAGAGUUCGUGAAACUAGGCUCCCCUAUGCUGAGAUAGCAAGGACUACUGUUGAGGCCAACAAAAGUGCUUUGUUGAUCUUCCCUGGCACAGUACAUAAUGAACCACAUGAAAACAUCUCAUGGGCUGAAUUUCAGUAUGUUGUUGAUGAAUAUGGAGAUAUAUUUUUUGAAAUUUCUGAUGAUGAAAACAUCUUGCAAGAUCGUGGAGCAAGUAACCCUGUGAAUGCUUUAUUCGGGAUGGAUAUCCCAAUAUAUGAGCACAGAAGAGUAGCUGCUGUUGAAUUUGAUGUUUUAGACAGUGACAGCAGUGAUGGUAUUCUUCCUUCCAAUGGUGAUUUAUUUGAGGUUGAGGGUUCUGAAAUGUCUGAUAUUUCGGUUUACUGGGGGAUGCCAGAUACUUUCAGCUCAGUUCAUCCAAUCUAUUUUGCCAAGUGCCUUACCAAGUCCGUUAAUAUGGAAUAUGCUAAAAAAAUGGACCAUCCUUCAAAUGGUGUCUCAAUUCUGGGAUGCCUCAGUCCUGCCUUUAUUGAUGAUGAAUUACAUAUACGAAGGCUCUUCAGCAGUGAAAAUAGUGAUAGCUACACCUCCGACUGGAAAGAUGGCGGAAUGCUGAGCUUUAGUUCCAAAGAUGACAGAAACUGCACUAGUUCAACUGUUUACAGGUUGGAGAUCAUGACAGUAGAGCUGUUCUCUGUGUACGGUGUUCAGUCAGCAAUAAAUGUGGAUGAAUUUCAAGAUGCUGUGCCUGAUGCUCUUGUACACUCUACUCCAGCAAUUGUAGAGCGAUUCUGUGAGAAGGGAGUGAGCUGCAGCUGUGCUCUUAAAGAUCUCUGCAACAAGAAGGGACUCCAUGUUGAGGGAGCUAAUCUGAUUGGAGUCGACAGUCUUGGCAUGGAUGUUAGAGUUUGCUCUGGGAUUGAAGUACGAACCUUCCGUUUUCCCUUCAAAGUCAGGGCAAAAACUGAGGAUUCUGCCAAAAAACAGAUCCAGCAGCUCUUGUUUCCACAGUCGCGCCGGAAAAAAAUGAGGACUCUUGGUGAACUCGAGGAGCCAGAUUUACUUUAAAUCUCCUGUGCUGAGUUCCUGAUGGAAAUCGAAUUUUAAAAAAUAAGUUGCCGGCCAAAGUUAGCCUUCAACAAUUUUCAUUUCUCUCUCAGUUUUGUAUUUUAGUUUUAUCUUGUACAGGAUUUUGAAACUCUCAACUUAAACUCAAUAUAGUAUCUAUCUCAUAUCAAUUUACCUGAA